AUGGACAAAGGCGUGACGUGUGAACAUCUAAAUAAGUUAGUAGACUUUCUCGACAAGGAGCUAUGGAAGUCAAAAGAGAAUCUAUCAUGUUUCGACUGUGGAUGCCCUGGACCAAACCUCUGGAUCUGUUUGCAACCUGACUGCCACCAUGUUGGAUGUUCUGAAGUUAAAAAUGACCACAGCACUAUACACCAGAAGAAUUUGCCAUCCCAUUGUGUUCAUAUGAAUGCAUCAACGGAACGAAUAUGGUGUUAUUUGUGCGAAAAGGAAGUUCACGUUAUGGCGGCGCUAAUGCAUGCAAAAUCACCAGAUUCAACCACGGUGGAGGAAAUGUCGGUGUCCCGUCUUGGGCCAGUGGGGAUCAACGUCAACUCAGACGAUGAUCUCGACCCAGACGAAAUGGACUACGACGAUGAGCAGCGUCCUAGAGGGUUAGUGGGACUCCAGAACAUGGGCAACACGUGCUAUAUGAACGCGGCCCUACAAGCGCUCAGCAACACCCAGCCGCUCACGUCGUACUUCCUGGAGUGCGCGGCGGCCGUGGCCGUGCUGGCGGGAGACAAGAAGCCCGGACUUAGUCGAGCAUACCAAAAAUUAAUUAAAGAAAUGUGGAGUAGGAAGACAAGAGGCUACGUUGUACCUAAUGGUAUUCUGUAUGGAAUACGAAAUGUGCACCCCAUGUUCCGUGGAUACCACCAACACGACACACAAGAGUUCCUCAGGUGUUUUUUAGAUCAGCUUCAUGAAGAGCUUAAAGAACCGGUGUGGGAAAGCACAUCAGAGGAUAAGCUUACUUCAGAGGCAGACAGAGACCAUGACACUAGGAAUAUUCAUAUACGACGAAGAGCUGCAUCCUCUGGAGCAAGUGACGCGCCGUACUUCGCCCGCAUGCGACGGAAGUCGCCCGCGCCCUCUACCUUUAGUGAACGAAACGAUGGGUAUUUAAGGGUGCAAUCAGAGGGCGUGGCGCGACACAAGCGGUCGGCCAGCUUCGGCGGGACGCACCAUUUCGCAUACGACGUGCACACACAUCAAAUUAAUGGUAUGGCAGAGGCCCACCAGAAGGACGUGGGUUCGGAGUCGGAGCUGUCGUGCUCGAGCGAGGCGGAGGAGCGCUACGAGACAUGCAGCAGCGGCGCCAGCGACGCGCCCGACCCUCCUGCACGCAGCACGUGGUGCGCGGGCGGCAGCGCGGGCGACGGCGGCGGCGGCGCGCGCUACCGCAGCAUCGUGUCCGACGUGUUCGACGGCAAGCUGCUGUCCUCCGUGCAGUGCCUCAUCUGUGACAGGGUGUCGACACGCGUGGAGACGUUCCAGGACCUGUCGCUGCCGAUCCCCUCGCGCGAGCAUCUCGCCGUGCUGCGCUGCCAGCACGCGCCGCACCACGCCACGCAGGACUCUUGGAUCUGGUGGCUAUUUAGCUGGCUGCGGUCGUGGUUCUACGGACCGGUCGUGUCCCUGCAGGACUGCCUCGCGGCAUUCUUUAGUGCGGAUGAACUAAAAGGAGAUAAUAUGUACAGCUGUUCCCGUUGCAACAAACUGCGUAACGGCAUAAAAAUGUCAGGCGUGAUCCGGCUACCGGAAGUGCUGUGUGUGCACCUCAAGCGCUUCCGCCACGAGCUCAUGUUCAGCGCCAAAGUGGCGGCGAGGGUGUCAUUCCCUAUAAACGACUUGAAUAUGGCGCCGUAUACACAUAAAGAGUGCACGUCCAAAGUGAGCAGGUACGCGCUGACGGCGGUCAUCUGCCACGCGGGCACGGCGGGCGGCGGCCACUACACGUGCGCGGCGCGCGGGCCCGACGGAUGCUGGCGGGCCUACGACGACGCCGCCGUGCUGCCGCUCGCGCCGCACCAUCUGGCCGCCUGUGAAGCUUACGUGCUGUUUUAUAGAAAAGUGAACCCCCAAAUGACGAUAUUGCGACAGAAAGCAAAGGAAAUACUUGAAACUGCCAGUUCAGAGCCUAAUGAUAUCAAAUUCUAUAUCUCUAAGCAAUGGAUUAAUAAAUUCAACACGUGGGCGGAACCGGGGCCGAUAGACAACAGCGAUUUCGUGUGCGUGCACGGUGGCGUGCGGCCCGAGCGCGCGCCGCACCUGCCCGCGCUCGCCGUCAAGCUGCCGCAGCCGAUGUGGGACUUCCUGCACAGCCAGUUCGGCGGCGGGCCAGCGGUGUCGCACGCGCACGAGUGCGGCGUGUGCGCGCGCGCGGCGCAGCGGCUGCGGGCGCGGCGCGCGCGCGAGCUGGCCGCCUUCGCUGACUUGCACACGUUAUUUCAGGAGCAAGAGGACCCACUGGCAGUGUACGCGAUCAGCAUGGCGUGGUUCCGCCAGUGGCAGGGCUUCGUGCGCGGACAGCGCGCGCCGCCGCCGCCGCUCGACAACCGCGACAUCGUCAUAGACCAGGAAAUCGAUGGUAUCAAAACCUGCGUGUUAAAACCGGGGUCCGAUCACGCGCAACUCAGUGAGGAACUGUGGAGAUUCUUCACCGACAUAUACGGAGGCGGCCCCGAGGUCAGGCUCAAGUCACCCCCACACGAAGCCGUUCCCAGGCGACUGUCCAGAAAGUACUCUGAAUCCGACAAAGAAGAAUACUGCACGAAAUCCACAUCAGAAGUGAAUAUACGAGACACAAUCCAAAGUGAACUCCAAAAGAACCAAUCGCUCCAAAACAUUAAAAGACGGUACAAGACAAGAAAUGAUAAAGAGAUCACAUACAGGCACUUCCAAUACAAAAAGCACGAACCCAACGGCAACUAUGACUCCGACGAAGAAAUGGAUGUCAGUCAAAGUUAUGCCAAAAUGGAAAACGGCAUAGACAGCUCGGACCAUGACGCAAACGAUAAUCCCAUAACGAGGCACGGACAUACUGACACUGAACUGCCAAACUUAGAUAGUAUAUCACUAAAAAAUAAACCCAAAUCAAACAAAGUUAGAAAAAUGAAGCGUAGGACAGUUAAA